GAAAAGGCAUCAUUCGACGCCGGUGCGUCUCUCGUGUAACGUGUGUUUCAGUGCAGCGUUACGUCCACCCGACACAGUACGAAGCAGAUUUUGGCCCCAUAAUUUACAGGGUAUUAGCACCCAUUGGGUUGGUUAUCCUGUCAACAUUUUACGCUGUCCUGUCCCCAAUUAAAGGCGAUGUCGGAACGUCCCCAAAUGAUGAGCUUGGAAUCGAUCCUUCGUGAUCACCUACCCGAAGAUAAGCUUCACGAAGUCGAAAGGAUUCUUUAUGGAAAAAAACCUGGAGAACUGACCAUUCCAGAGUCUGCAAAGAGUCUGGCAGAACAAAAUGAUUUCGAGAUCGCUGCUUAUUCCAUGCACGCCGCCAAUGAGGAUAGUCGCGCACCUCGUCGCGUACGUAUAGCUGUCAUACAAAACAAAAUUCAGGUGCCGACGGACCAGCCAUUGUCUGCGCAGCGGAACGCAAUUUUGGAUCGUAUCGAGAUUUUCACGGCUGCUGCCGCGCUUUGCGGAACCAAUGUUAUCUGCUAUCAGGAGGCAUUCCCGAUGCCAUUUGCAUUUUGUACUCGUGAAAAAUUACCAUGGUGUGAAUUUGCUGAAAGUGCUGAAGAUGGCCCUACCGUCAAGCGAUGCCAGACCCUAGCACAAAGACAUAACAUGGUUGUCAUUGCGCCGAUUCUUGAACGCGACGAACAAGAUGUGAUCUGGAAUACUGCGGUGGUCAUAUCGAAUUCGGGCGCGGUACUCGGGAAGUCGCGUAAGAACCAUAUUCCUCGGAUUGGGGAUUUCAACGAGUCCACGUAUUACAUGGAAUCCCGCCUUGGACACCCAGUAUUCCAGACAGCGUUUGGCAGAAUUGCCAUCAACAUCUGCUAUGGCCGACAUCAUCCUCUUAACUGGUUGGCUUUUGCUCUUCACGGCGCAGACAUUGUGUUCAACCCCUCCGCGACCGUCGACGGCCUCAGCGAAGCUAUCUGGCCAAUUGAAGCCCGCUGUGCUGCCGUGGCUAAUUCUUACUUCACCGCCGCUAUUAACCGUGUUGGAACGGAGAUUUUUCCAACUGAAUUUACCUCGGGUGACGGUAAGCCAGCCCACAAAGCGUUUGGUUAUUUCUACGGAUCAAGCUACGUCGCCGGGCCAGACGGAUCGCGCACUCCGGGCCUGAGCCGUACUCGUGAAGGCGUGCUCGUUACCGAAGUUGACCUGAACCUCAAUCGGCAAAUACGCGAUCUCUGGGGAUUUCGGAUGACUCAACGUUUGGACAUGUACGCCGAUGUGCUGAGUUGGGCGUCACAACCUCAUUUCAAUCCUGAGACGCGUCAGAUCAUUAUAGAUCCCACUGUUGGCUCCAACUGAUAGAAGCCGUUCAGCUUUCUGCUACCGAUGAAACAGAAUAGUUAGGAGCGUGUCUUGGUUGAGCGGUUCGUUCACAAACUGAAUCAAGGCUAAACAAGGGUUUUCUAUUCUUUCAGAUAACGUUGCGCGUAAUGAUAGGUCACAUCAUAUAACAGUGACCCUAUGCGUAGGGUACAAUGCAUUCGUUGUAUGAUAGAUACAUGCAUAUCGUUUACAAGGAUGAGGAAAGUACUUAGCUAUUUUUUACUGUGCAACAAUGGCCACUUGGUCUUGUGGGGGAUGAAUCGACUACGUUUAUCGGAUAUUACUGGGUAUUGCUCAAUGUAGCGUUAGUCGAAUGCAUUAUUCUCUAGGAAAAAAAAAACAACAAUAAUAGUAAAGCCGUCAUAGAAAGUUGAAUUACAUUUACACAUGAACAUAUCGAUACGAUGUAUCCGGAUCAGGUUUUUUUCUUAAAAUGUUGAAAAUUUUAAAUUUAAAUCAUCUGAAAUAAAUUCUUAGUUAAUUCCUGAAAGAUC